UCUAAAGUGUAAAAUUUCACCACACUUGGUUCGUAAAAUCCAAAGACGCUCUGAAAACAUUGUAAAUGUUUUCUAGCAAAAGCAAAUUGUAAUUGUCAAAAACAAAAACGCUUCGUUAGUUUUUCGCACAGCAAAAAUGCUCCAAUCCCGUUUUGGAGCCUCGGUGUCUGCAAAAAAACCUGUGCCGUCGGACUUUAAGGGUAUAUUCGCAUCUGUUUUCACAAGCUUUCAAUCCGAUGAACAUCAAACCUUACAAUUGAGUUGCAUUGAAGAUUAUGCCGCAUGGCUCAAGAAUCACCAUGUAAAAGGCGUGCUAGUCAACAGCACAACUGGGGAGGGUCCGGUUUUGGGUUUGAUUGAACGCAAAUUGAAUGCCGAAGCUUGGAGUCGCGCUUGUAAAAAGUGUUCGUUAUUGAUGUUGUUGCAAAUUGGCGGUGCGCCAUUGCCCGACGUUUUGGACUUGGCGCGACAUGCCAACGAUUUGUGCAUACACGGUGUGGUUUGUAUAGCGGAACUAUUUUAUGUUCCUACCAAAAUAGAGCAAUUGGUUGGUUACUGUAAAAUUGUGGCGGAGAAAUGCGCAAAUCACCUCUUCUUGUACUAUCACUUGCCGGAAUUGACGAAAGUCAAAUUCAACCCCGAGGAGUUCUUUAGUAGCGCUGAAAGUGUCAUACCGACUUUCGCGGGCUUGGUUUGUAAACAAACCGAAUUGAUGACGGCCAUCAAAUGCAUGACUGAAGAUCGUAUUAUACUAAUGGGCGAUUCGAAAAUGCUCGCCGGUGGCAUGUUAAUGGGUUAUGAUGCGGCCAUUAUGACGGUGGCAAACAUGGAGCCGACAUUAAUGAAAGAGAUAUAUGACGCAAUGUUGAGGAAGGAUUUGAAGACAGCUAAAACUAAACAAAAAUAUUUAAAUCAACUCAUUAGAAAUCGUAUAACAAAGGGCAGGUCUAGUUGGAUUUCGGAUAUGAAGAAGUGGUUCAAUGAGAAAAUGGCAUCAAGUGACGGUUGUGGUAUUUUUGUUGGUAAACCGAGAAAAUUUGGUAUAUACGAAUUAUAAUAAUGGAAGAGAUAUUCUUGUUUAAUGUUUAAGCGUUUUUCAGAUUAAUAUAUUGAUUAUAAUUCUUGA